UCCGCCGGGGGAUUAGAGCGGGUGGGCGCGCGCCGCAGGCCGCCAUUUCCGGGCGUCUCCGGAGGAGCCGCCCCCUCCUCAGCCUCGCUCGGGUCCGCUCGUCUCCGGUCGCUUCCGCCGCCGCCACUGCGCCCCGGUGCCCAGCUCAGUGGCAGAGAUGCUGCGGUUCCUCCGUAGAACCCUCGGGCGUCGGUCCAUGCGGAAGCAUGCCGAGAAGGAGCGGCUCCGGGAGGCGCAGCGAGCCCCCACGCACAUUCCUGCGGCUGGAGACGCCAAAUCCGUCAUCACGUGCCGGGUGUCCCUUCUGGAUGGCACCGACGUCAGUGUGGACUUGCCGAAAAAAGCCAAAGGACAAGAGCUGUUCGAUCAGAUUAUGUAUCACCUGGACCUUAUUGAAAGCGACUAUUUUGGCCUGAGAUUUAUGGAUUCAGCUCAAGUUGCACAUUGGUUGGAUGGUACAAAAAGCAUCAAAAAGCAAGUCAAAAUUGGGUCACCUUACUGUCUGCAUCUUCGAGUUAAGUUUUAUUCCUCAGAACCGAAUAAUCUCCGUGAAGAGCUGACGCGGUAUUUAUUUGUUCUUCAGUUAAAACAGGAUAUUCUCAGUGGAAAAUUGGAAUGCCCCUUUGAUACAGCAGUGCAGCUGGCAGCGUAUAACCUGCAAGCUGAACUUGGUGACUACGAUCUUGCUGAGCAUAGCCCUGAACUUGUCUCUGAGUUCAGGUUUGUGCCCAUUCAGACUGAAGAGAUGGAACUGGCUAUUUUUGAGAAAUGGAAAGAAUACAGAGGUCAGACACCAGCACAGGCUGAAACCAAUUAUUUGAAUAAAGCCAAGUGGCUGGAGAUGUAUGGGGUUGACAUGCACGUGGUCAAGGCUAGAGACGGGAAUGACUACAGUUUGGGACUAACCCCCACAGGAGUCCUUGUUUUUGAAGGAGAGACCAAAAUUGGUUUGUUUUUUUGGCCCAAAAUAACCAGAUUGGAUUUUAAGAAGAAUAAGUUAACGUUGGUGGUUGUAGAAGAUGAUGACCAGGGCAAGGAGCAAGAGCACACAUUUGUCUUUAGACUGGAUCAUCCCAAAGCAUGCAAGCAUUUGUGGAAAUGCGCUGUGGAGCAUCAUGCCUUCUUCCGCCUCCGAGGCCCUGUCCAAAAGAGUUCUCAUCGAUCAGGAUUCAUUCGGCUGGGAUCACGAUUUAGAUACAGUGGGAAAACUGAGUACCAGACCACAAAAACCAAUAAAGCAAGAAGAUCCACAUCCUUUGAAAGAAGGCCCAGCAAACGAUAUUCUCGCCGAACUCUGCAAAUGAAAGCAGAUGCAGCAAAAUCCGAAGAACCCAGUGUACACAAUAAUGUUUCAUCACAGAGUAAUGGCUCCCAACAGGCUUGGAGUGCGAGAUCUGCUGUGCCUGUGAUUCCUUCCACGACCUCCGGGCCUGUGUUGGUGGAGAUAGAGAAUCUUCCACGGAGUCCUGGGACAGAGCAGCACGACAGGAAAUGGCUCUCUGCUGCCAGUGACUGCUUUCAACGUGGUGGAAACCAGUGGAACACAAGGGCCUUGCCCCCACCCCAGACUGCACAUAGAAACUACACUGAUUUUGUCCAUGAGCACAAUGUGAAGAAUGCAGGAGUCCACCACGGUGCUCAUAUCCCCGGCCACACAGCCAUGACCGAGAUCUAAGUCAUAAUCCUCUUAGCCGUGGGACUCUGUUGUGCAAGUUGAUGGUUACACGUUUCCUGGUGUCUGGAAAGGACGGAUCGCAAUAGGGGUGUUUGGGAGAAUUUAUUUUGAACUGAGUCACUAGUUCUAUAGUGCUGAUGUGAUUUGAUUCCUCUGGGAAAAAGGAAAGGCUCUGCUCUGAAGCAGCCAUGACGCCCUCUGUUUCUGGGUGGAGACGUAUGCGCACCGCUCCCAUCUGGCAAGGGGUCUCGUGGUCCUAGCCUGUGGGAGCCUCACUCGGAACGUCUCAGGAGGAGGUGUGUGUGGUGAGCAGGCUUUCCCUUCUCCACCCACCGUGUGCCCUUCAGUUAAGACUGAGGUUAAACCAGUCAGAGCCUGAAGGCGUAUCUGAAAGGCAGUGCGUCUGGCUGUGGCCGGUCAGCCUCCCGUGGUAUGUUUUAACACCGUGCGUCCACCUGGCUUUCUGAACCGGCCCGUGCUUAGAGCUACCAGCUCAGUGCCUGGGGGUCUAAUUAAUGUAAUUUUAAUUAAAAACACUUUUACUUUUUAAUGAACACAAAUAUUUCAAGUUACUAAAAUCACAAUAAUGUCACAUGUGUGGGGAGGUAUAUCUGGUUACUUUUGAAUGGCCAACUGAAUGCUUACGUUACUACUGGAUGUUGCUAUGAAAUGGAAAAUGUAUUUACUUUUGUCUUUUCACUUCGUUCUCUUUUUCAUCUCCCACACCUGACAGAUUGCCCAGGUUUGUAACAGCCUCAAAUUCUAGCCUUGUACAACCUUUAAAAUAAAUGUCUAAAGCCAAAAUCGUAUCAUUUCUAGAA